AUGCAGCUCAGCAUGUCUCUGCGCACUCAGCUGCUUCUCUGUCUCAUCUCUCUGUCAACAAGGACCGGGCUCACUCGAUACAUCGAGGAAAACGAUGCUUCAGGUGGAUUAUAUUCUCUGCUCACUUUGGCCCAGAAAAGAGAAUCCGAGGAUUUUAUUUUCCGUCGACCUCUCAGAUGCUUGGACAUGCUGGCCACGGACGGAUACUUCACUUUUGUAGCGUCCCGGCCACAGCUGGCCUGUGCUGCGUUCGUCAUCGCAGAGCCCGGCGAAGUCAUCAGUUUGGAGCUGUCUGACGUCAGCAUCGACUGCAGCGCUGGGGACUUCAUAAAGAUUUUUGACGGCUGGGUUCUAAAGGGAGAGAAGUUCCCCAGCAGCUAUGAUCACCCUCUUCUUCCGCACGAGCGCUACACAGACUACUGCUCCUCCACAGCAAAGACGGUCGCCUCCCGGUCUUCUCAAAAUGUUGCCAUGAUCUUCUUUCGCAUCCACAGCCCUGACAGCGGCUUCAGCCUCACAUUCAAAAAGCUGCACAAUCCUUUGCCCUGUAACAUCAUGUCUCAGAGUCCAGAGGGCAGCUUCACCAUGGUGAUCCCACAUCAGCGCAUGAACUGCAGCUUCUCCAUCAUCUACCCGGUGGAGAUCCGACUGACAGAUCUCAGCUUGGGCGAGUCGACAACCAACGAGAUCCGCCCACCGAAACAGAUGUGGUCGGGCUGUUCGGGCUCUGGUGACUACGUGGAGCUGCUGGGAGGGAACGGGGUGGACACCUCGAAGAUGUUUCCUGUAGCUGACCUCUGUUAUUCAUCCGGUGGUCUCGCCCAGAUGAAAAUUGGAUGUGACAACUCGGUGGUGAGGCUGGUGUCCAGUGGGAACUACAUUAACCGUGUUACCUUCCAAUACCGGCUACUGGAUCAAAAUGAGCUUCCCAAAACCCGAGAAAAUACCUUGAAUAAUUUCUGUGCUGUGGAGUGAACACCACACACACACACACACACACACACGCACACACACAUAGCAGCACCAUCAGACACACACUUCUGAACCUUCACAGGGACAAUCUCACAAUCACACGCAUUCCUUUAAAACACAGAGUAGAUUGUUUGCACAAAAAUGCUUUAAUUUGUGAUGUUAACGUUGGUGUUUAUUUUUGAAAUAAUGUCCUUAUCCUAAAAUA